AUGGAAGAGUCGUCGCUCAUGGUUCGCGCACCCCCAGUAACGAAGUUCAGCGUCAACGUCCCCGGGCUCAUCGCAGUCCUCAUCUUCCUCCCCUGGGUCCUGUAUUGUACCGCCACGCAAGUCUUCGCGGCUUCUCACCCAGCAUAUGCGCCGUACUUUGCCCUCGGGCGCGCCAUGCUCUCACAAAUGCCCUUUUGGGUGCUGCGAGUCUGCCAGGGCAUCACCGUCGUGGGCCACGGCGUGCAGACGCCGUACGUUUUCUACCUGUGCCGGAAGCACAGGACGGGAUUCGUCUUGGGGGCGAAGUACACACUCGGCGCGCUGGCGGUCGGUUUCCCGUUCACGCUAGGCAUCAGGCGAGAGAUCCGGGCGGCGCGCACCGAGAGCGUCCUGAAGAGGCGGUAG